AUGUCUGGUCUGAAAAAGGGUAUUCGGCAAGACGUAAAGACAAGGUGGAAUUCAACUUAUCUUAUGUUAGACAGUUGUAUCUUGUAUAAGCCAGUUUUAUCUCAUUUGAAGUUGGUGGAUUCAGACUAUGAAGAUUGUCCAACUAAUGAAGAAUGGGAACAAAUUGAAGUAGUCACAAAGUUGCUCAAGGUGUUUCAUGAACUCACAAAGGUUUUUUCUGGUAGUAAGUAUCCUACUUCCAAUCUGUAUUUUGAAAGAAUUUGUCAAGUUCAGGUGUUACUAAAGAAAGAGAGCAGAAGUAAUAUUGAAUUCAUUAGGAACAUGGUAAAAGAGAUGCAAGCAAAAUUUGAUAGUUACUGGAAGGAUUUGAGUCCUAUAUUGGCUAUGGCAGUUGUGUUAGAUCCUAGAUCGAAAAUGAAUUUUGUGAAAUUUACUUACUCCAAGUUGUAUCCUGAUGAGAGAGAACUAGAAUGUCAAGUUAAUAAAGUGCAUAGUAAUAUAAAAGCACUUUUUAAUGAGUAUUACACCUUAUCAAGUUCAAGAGCUUCCAACAGUUGUGCAGCUCAAAAUUUGAAUGUUCAAAAUGGUGGGAAUUUUGCUGCCCAAGAAGGGAUGUCUUGUCAACAGGAAUAUGUUGCAACACAGGAAUGUGGUGGUAAUGUAUUAACUGACUUGUCAGAGUUAGAUGAAUACCUUGGCGAGACGUACAGAGGUUGUCUAAAUUCACUAGACAUCCUAAACUAUUGGAAGAACCAGGAACAAUAA